ACCUUUCCACAAUGCCGCCGCGGGCGGGGCGGUUUGGAGGCGUCUCGCUGGCGGCCGCCACGCCGCCUCCUCCCCUCCCUCCCCGCGCAGCGCCCCCCCGCGGGCCCCGCCGGUACCGCGCAGCCCCGUCCCGUCCCGGCGGACAUGUGGCCCGGCGGCCGCUGAGCCCGCUCCGCCGCUCGGCCCCGGAGGCAGGCGGCGAGCCGCUGGAGGAAGCCCCCAGGCAGCGGCAGCAGCAGCAGCAGCGGCGGCGGAGACAUUGGGGACAACCGGAGGCUCCGCUCCAUGGUGGGGACGGCGCCAGACUACAUUUUGUAAGAAGAUGAGGAACAGAAAGCAGUGUACUCAAGACACAGAGGGUCAGAAGCAUGAAGGCAUGGAAGGUGAAGAAAAGGAAGAAAGCUGUUCCUGUUUUACUUUAUUAUCUGACGGUAGCACAUGCCCCAUCUGUCUGAACGGCCUUCUAGAACAAGAGAUCGGUGUUCCUGAGAGCUGCAGUCAUACCUUCUGCAUGACUUGUAUUCUUAAAUGGGCUGAGACACAGGCUUCAUGUCCUAUUGAUCGCAGACCAUUUCAAGCAGUAUGUAGGCUUAAUGCGUUAGAAGAUCAGAUAAAGGUUCAGGUAAAACAACAGCAAAGGAAGAAGGAAGAGGAAAACUGUGCCUGCAAUAAGGAAAAAUAUAGCCAUACAAAGAUGAGAAGUUUCCUGAGAAGAGCUCUAUGUCCAAACAGAGGGCCUUUUACAGCAAAAUUGAGCAAAGUUGUGAAGAAAAAAUACAGUAAUAUUUUGUAUGACAAACGAAACAGGAAAGCUUUGUCUGUGAAGAUAAACAAGCCCAGAAGAAAGACCUGCUGGAAUGAGUGCUUCAGGACUAAUUUCUGUAGUACACUUGCGGCCGGUGGUAGCAAUGAAGAAUCCUUUCUUAGCUGUAGAAAUGACUGUACAGAAUUCACGGAAGUCAAUGCAGCGAUCAGCCAGAAGAGACAAGAACUGGAAUUGUCCUGUUCAUCUGUGCUUGCUAGAGUUGAAAGAAUUCCUUUAAUGUCUUACGGAGCUGAAGCUGAGACCUUUCUUAUUACUUCUACUACAGUGGCAGGGACAAUUCUUCCAGCAAAUAUCAGGCCUUUGGAAAACUUUGGCAAAGGAUACGCUGUCGCAUGUACCCAAGAAGGAGAAGAGAAAAAGCAAGCUUCAGGUUCAUCUGGCUCUAGGGGAGCUAGAAGGAAGUCAGUUAAUACUACUCCUAGAAGAAGGUCUGCACGGAACACCAAAAAUGAGACUUUGGGUCAAUCUCGGAGCUCACCUCGGUCAAGCAGUUCUGGGUGCAGCGUCCCUGAUGGCAACAACCCACCUCUGAAUAAAUCUUCUUUAGAAUCAGAGAAAGCUCUUCCAAAACGAAAGUCUAAAAGAAUAGUUAAACAACAAACACCUCUGGCUAAAAAGAAACUGAGAAGUUCUGCACGUUCUGAAAAGUCAUCCAGUGAUUCAGUAGAUGAUGAUGACACUGUUGAGUCUGAAGCAGUUCAAACAGUAGAUAAAGACCAGCAGUCAGAUAAUGAAAGCGGUAGUGCAAGCCUUCCACAGAAAAAUGAUGCAGAAACAGAAUCUGCCAAUGGAUUGGAAAGCUGUAAUGAACAUACGGAAACUGAGGAAACUACAGGAGAACAUAACAAAGAUGAAGACACUUCAGGCGAUGCAGAUACAAGUUUUUCAGUCCAAGAAUCUCCAGUACUAACUUUAGGGGGAGAGAGUCAGGAAUUUGAAGUAAAAGGUCUUACUGAAAAAAACGUAGAUCUUAAGAAUCAGGACAUCUGUGAAAACACUAUUGAACAAAUAGAAACAGGAGCUAGUCCCAGAGAUGAGGUAUGUGACCAUGCAACAUCUGAAAAAUCAGAUCAGAUAUUGUGUAGUCCUCAAAAUGAAUCACUGGAGAACAUAGAUACUUUGACAAAAGUACAACAGUCAAUAGAUAGUCCAGAAAAUGAAUUGCUGGAGUAUCCUAAACCUUUGGAACAAGAUAAGCCAUUAGAGAGCCCCAGAAGUAAAUUGCAAGAACAUACAGAAGCUGUAGAAAUAGAUGAUUCUGGGGCAGAAGAAAAAACAGUGGAAGACUGUGCUAGUACAAAUACUCAAAGCUUUAAAACUGUUCAAGACAAAGAACCGGAUACAUUAAUAAGCAAUACUUCUACAGACAGUACAUCAGAACAAUCCUUAAAAGAGAACACCGUGCCAGAAGGUGAAGAGAGUAGAACUUCAGAGUCACCCCAGAUAAAUGCUGAACAUAAACAUUUUGGAGAAGAUAACAAUGAAAUGAUACCAAUGGAUUGCGACUCAUUUUGCAGUGACCAGAAUGAGCCUCAGAUUGAACAGUUACCACCAGCUGAAACUACAGAGCAGGGAGAAAUGGACUCCGUAGGGUGUGAUGCAGCAAACUGUACAUCAGUUUCAGGGCUUUCUGAUGAAAAAGAUGAAACUAUUCCUCAAGAAAAAGAGUGUCAGUCAGAAGUCAAAAAAGACAAAAAGACACGAACAAGAAGGUCUAGAUUUCAUUCUCCAUCAACAACUUGGUCUCCUUCUAGAAGAGAGGGCAGGAAAUCUCAGUCACCAUCCCCUAAAAGGGAGAUAACCGUAGACAGGAGCUCCCGAUCACCGAAGAAGGAAACUGUUAGGGAGGGAAGGAGAUCUUUAUCUCAGUCUCCAAAAAGAGAGACACUCAAAGAUGAGAUAAAAGCGCCAUCUCGAUCUCCAAAGAGGGAGACUGUCAGGGAAAGCAGGAGAUCAUCUUCUCGGUCAAGAACUAGGGAUUCAUCUCCAAGGCAAAAAUCUAGAUCUCGAAGCAGUGAUAGAGAUAGUCAAAGAAGAGAUCGUGAUAGAGAGAGAAGAAAUAGGAGAUGGUCUAGGUCCCGGUCACGAUCUAGGUCAAGAUCACGAUCUAGGACAAGAAAUAAAGGUUUUUCAUUCUCUAGAAAUGAGAGGGAUGGUCAUUCACCUCGUUGGAAAGAGAGAUGGGCAAAUGACAGCUGGAGGAGUCCCAGAGGAAAUGAUCGAUACAGAAGAAGUGAUCAAGAGAAACAGAAUGAAAAUCUUAAAGAGAAGGACAAUACAGAAAAAAACAGUGAUGAUCAAUGUUCUUCAGACAAGCGGAGGAAUGAUUGUCCAGAUUGGGUAAUGGAAAGGAUAAAUUCUGUUCCUGAGGGCAGGAACAGAGAGAGAGACAAACCACAUUGGGAAGACAACAGACAUGAUAAUUCAGGACACGGUUGGAAUAAAAACUUUGGUUCAGGCUGGAUUCCAAAUCGAGGGAGAGGUCACCGUGGCAGAGGUGGACGUGGCAGAGGCGGUUUCAUGUAUGGAGACCAGAGUGAAAAUCACUGGCAAAAUAGAAAACCUCUCUCAGGGAACUCAAAUGGUUCUGGGAAUGAAACUACAAGGUUCUCAGAACAUCAGCCAUACAAACAUAAGAAUGAGCAGGAUUAUUCUUUCGAUACACCUGCUGAUAGAUCUGGGUGGACAUCUGCCUCCAGCUGGGCUGUGAGAAAGACUUUACCUGCUGAUGUGCAGAAUUAUUAUUCAAGAAGAGGACGGAAUUCGCCAAGCCCACAGUCUGGAUGGGGAAUGAGACAAGAAGAGGAGACGCCUGAACAAGAUCCAAACCUCAAAGACCAAGGCAACCAGCAAAGUGAUGGCUCUCAGUUACCGGUAAAUAUGAUGCAGCAGCAAAUGAAUGUAAUGCCGCAGGUGAACGCACAGCACCAACCUAUGAAUAUGUUUCCGUACCCCGUGGGUGUCCAUCCUCCCAUGAUGAACAUGCAACGCAGUCCUUUCAACAUCCACCCUCCGAUGCCCAUGCAUCUCCACGCCGGAGUGCCUCUCGUUCAGGUAGCUGCUCCCACAAAUUUGUCUCAGGGAUUACCUCCGCCUCCACCUCCACCCCCACCAUCUCAACAAGUCAACUACAUUGCUUCACAGCAAGAUGGAAAACAAUUGCAGGGUAUGCAAAAUGCUGCUCAUGUGAGUAAUAACAUGAGUGCUCCAGCCUUGCCUGCUCCAACAGCAAUCCUGGGAAAUGUGGGAACAGUUCAGGGACCAAGUUCUGGUAAUGCAACGUCAUCGAGUCACGUCAAAAGCUCUAACCCGGCUGUAAAACCAGGAGAAAACAAAGCAAGUGUGACAGUGGAAGCCAGUGCAGAUAGCUCGAAGAAGGACCAGAAAUUGUUAAUCCAAGAAAAAGCAGCACAAGAAGUGAAACUAGCUAUUAAGCCUUUCUACCAAAAUAAAGACAUCACUAAGGAAGAAUAUAAAGAAAUUGUGCGGAAAGCUGUAGAUAAAGUUUGUCAUAGCAAGAGCGGAGAAGUUAAUUCUGCAAAAGUGGCCAAUCUAGUGAAAGCGUAUGUAGACAAAUACAAACAUUCUCGGAAGAAAAAUCCAGAAGAGGCAGUCUCCUGUGACAGGAAAUAGAACACGUUUUCAGUUUUUAAUUUUAUUCUAUCUGCAAAGUGCAAUUUCAACAUGAACCGUAAACUGAAAUUUGUACAUGACAGUGAUUUAAAUCUGCUUUUGAUAAAAUUAUUUUUCAAUGUAGUAUAUAAUGUUUUGUUUAAAGAAAUAUAGAUCUACAGGGCAACUUCUUUAUUCCUUUUUAAAAACAGAUGUCUAAAAAAGUAAAAGGUGUAAAGAAGAAGAAUCAUUAGGAAUGUACGAUUGUGUGGAUACUUAGGUGUACAGCAUUUUGACUUGAAUAACAGUGCAUUAAAUUAGAAACUUUUGUCUAAGUACAUUGGUUUUGGAACAGGUAUGUACAGUACAUGUAAUCAGUCAGAUUAAUUUUUUUCUUUUGAUUUCUCCCUAAUUAUAGCAAAGAUAAAAUAAUGUAUUGCCUUGACAAAUACUUCUAGCGUUAACUGGACAGGCUGAAUGCAGGGGUCACAAUGUGUAUAUAAAAAGGCACAUGGAGUUCUCUGAACAGAAGAACUGUUUAGAUUUUUAAAAGAAAAAUCAUAAACAGUUAAAUUCAGUGCCCAAAAUCAUGGGCACUGUGCCAUCUGUUGUAACACCAAAUAAAAGUUAUGCUGCUUG